CUUUAUUUCCGCCUGUCUGUCAAAGUAGCUGUCAAACACGGGCGAGGGGUUGUGCUCCUGCUGCUCCGUCAUUCAGGAAGUCCACACCAACUGACAGCACUUCGCAAAGUCACACCGACAUCUUCAGAGUGGGACUAAAUGCUCUUGAAGUGAGUACGCUUUUUAACAACGACGAGUUUUACAAAAGGUGCAGUAUUAUUCCAGUCAUGAGGAAAGUCGGCAAGAAGUCAACUCUGGGCUAAAUCUAAAGCGAGAGAAAGAGAGGGAGACAGAGGCUAGUCUGACACCCACUUUACACAUUUCCUACAGGUCUAGCUGGCCAAUGCCGGGGCCGUCGUGGACAUCUGGUGGUGGCAGCAGUAGUGUGUAUGUGAGCGUCGUCCCCGGCGCCUAGCUGAUGUCCAGCACAUAAUGCCGUCAUCCACACGGAAAGGAGUUCCGAAGGACCCCGAGCUGGCUGACCUCUUCUUCAAAGAUGACCCUGAGGAUGUCUUCUGUGACCUGCACGAGAUCGGACAUGGCAGCUUCGGGGCCGUCUACUUUGCACGUAACUCCUACUCCAACGAGGUGGUGGCCAUCAAAAAGAUGUCCUAUAAUGGCAAGCAGACUACCGAAAAGUGGCAGGACAUCAUUAAGGAGGUCAAGUUUUUGGGACAGCUGCGACACCCAAACACAAUUGAGUACAAAGGCUGCUACUUGAAAGAAAACACUGCCUGGCUGGUGAUGGAGUACUGCCUGGGCUCUGCAUCAGAUUUACUAGAGGUUCAUAAGAAACCACUGCAAGAGAUGGAAAUUGCUGCCAUUACCCAUGGUGCCUUGCUAGGACUGGCUUACCUACAUUCCCAUAAUAUGAUUCACAGAGAUGUGAAAGCUGGUAACAUCCUGCUGACUGAGCUGGGUCAGGUCAAACUGGCCGACUUUGGCUCUGCCUCCAUUGCCUCACCUGCCAACUCCUUUGUGGGAACACCUUACUGGAUGGCCCCAGAAGUGAUCCUAGCCAUGGAUGAGGGUCAAUACGAGGGGAAAGUGGACAUCUGGUCCCUGGGGAUCACCUGUAUUGAACUGGCCGAGCGCAAACCACCCUUGUUCAACAUGAAUGCCAUGAGUGCCUUAUAUCACAUCGCACAGAACGACUCUCCCACGCUACAGUCCAAUGAGUGGUCUGACCCCUUCCGGAGCUUUGUCGACUACUGCCUACUGAAAAUUCCUCAGGACAGACCCUCGUCAGGGGAGCUGCUACGACAUGAUUUUGUGCGUCGGGAACGCUCGCCGCGCAUUCUCAUCGACCUCAUCCAGAGGACCAAGGAUGCAGUGCGUGAGCUGGACAACCUGCAGUACCGCAAGAUGAAGAAGAUCCUCUACCAGGAGAAACACAACGGACCUAUGGGAGAGAGCCAGGAGGAGGAGGAGGACAGCGAGGCAGCCAGUUGCAAGAUGAACAGCCUGGGAAGCAACCACUCCAUCCCCAGCACCUCGGUCAGCACGGGCAGCCAGAGCAGCAGCGUGAACAGCAUGCAGGAGGUGCUGGACGACAGCUGCUCCGACAUGACCAUGAUGCAUCCCCAGGACUACAGCAGCACCCUGGAAUCCUCCCCACACACCAAGAAGGACCAUGGGUACAACUGGGAUGAUGGGACCCACAGGGACCACCGGCAGGGGCUGAGGCCGUCCUCCUCAGACAAGAGCAGCCAGGUCCAAAACUAUAAGAACCAGGGCCGCUUUGCCACCAUAAAAUCAGCCUCAUUGGUGACCAAGCAAAUCCACGAGCAUGAGCAGGAGAGCGAACUGCGGGAGCAGAUGUCGGGCUACAAGCGCAUGCGGCGGCAGCACCAGAAGCAGCUGAUUGCCCUGGAAAACAAGCUGAAGGCCGAGAUGGACGAGCACCGGCUCAAGCUGCAGAAGGAGGUGGAGACGCAGGCCAACAACGCCUACAUCGAGCUGGAGAAGCUGGCAAAGCGCCACGCCGUGCAUUCUGAGAAGGAGACGAAGACGGCUUUGGCGGAUGAGAAGAAGUUCCAGCAGCAGAUCGUGGCCCAGCAGAAGAAGGAGCUGACCACCUUUCUGGACAAUCAAAAGAAGCAGUACAAACUCUGCAAGGAGAAGAUUAAGGAGGAGAUGAACGAGGACCAUAGCACACCCAAAAAGGAGAAGCAGGAGCGUCUGUCCAAGCACAAGGAGAACAUGCAGCAUUCCCAGGCCGAGGAGGAGGCCCAUCUCCUGUCCCAGCAGAGAGUUUUCUAUGACAGGAACUGCCGCGCCUUCAAGCGCAAAGUCAUGAUUAAGAAGCACGACUUGGAGCAGGAACAAAUCCGAGAGGAGCUGAACAAGAAGAAGACCCAGAAAGAGAUGGAGCACGCCAUGCUGAUCCGCCACGACGAGUCCAUGCAGGAACUGGAGUACAGGCAACUGAAGACCCUGCAGAAGCUGCGGAUGGACCUGAUCCGCCUGCAGCACCAGACAGAACUGGAGAACCAGAUCGAGUACAACAACCGGCGUGAGCGUGAACUCCAUCGCAAGCAUGUGCUGGAGCUCCGGCAGCAGCCCAAGAACCUCAAAGCUUUGGAGCUGCAGAUCAAGAAGCAGUUCCAGGACACAUGUAAGGUGCAGACCAAGCAGUACAAGGCCCUGCGCCACCACCAGAUGGAAGUUACGCCCAAGGCCGAGCACAAGACGGUGCUCAAGGCCCUGAAGGAUGAGCAGACACGCAAGCUGGCCAUCCUGGCGGAGCAAUAUGAGCAGAGCAUCAACGAGAUGAUGGCCUCGCAGGCGCUGCGUCUGGACGAGGCCCAGGAAGCCGAGUGCCAGGCCCUGAGGCAGCAGCUGCAGCAGGAGAUGGAGCUGCUCAAUGCCUACCAGAGCAAGAUCAAGAUGCAGACCGAGGCGCAGCACGAGCGCGAGCAGCAGAAGCUGGAGCAGAAGGUGUCGCUGCGCCGGGCUCACCUGGAACAAAAGAUUGAAGAGGAGCUGGUUUCCAUUCAGAAGGAGCGAACCGACCGUAUCAAGCACCUGCUGGAGCGCCAGGAGCGCGAGAUCGACAGCUUCGACAUGGAGAGCAUGCGGCUGGGCUUCGGCAACCUGGGCACCCUGGACCUCCCUAAGGACGACUACAGAUGAGGGGCUGCUGCCACCGUCUCUCGUAGUCCCCGGGCGUCCGUCUGCCUCCUCUCCUUUUACCUGACAGUACAGGUGUUGCACCGCUGCUGACGUCCUCACACAAACACACAGACGCAAAAAAAGAAAAGAAAGAAAAGCUGCUCCAGAAUCAGCUCCAGUGUGUUUUCUGGGCCGGUCAGACAGAGUUGAUGGCAGGUUUUAGUGCCCCUCCCCUCCCCCUAAACCCUUCUAAACUUCCUCCCCCUCCUUGCCUCUCAUGGUGUCACAAAAUGACAAAAAAAAUAAUGCUGGAAAUCUUCCUGUAGUUGUCAUGUUUUUUGGUAAGAAUAAUGAUAACGUAGUCACGGUGUUUCUUGUUUCUUGUGCAAUGAGCAAUGAUGACACUUUUGUUGUGACUAAAAGUGGAAGACGAGAGAAGGAGGGAGAGAAAAAUGAGGGCAGUUGGAUAAGCGAAAUCGCUCCACAACCAUGCUUUUUUUUUUUUUUUUUUU